AAAAGAAUGCAAUCGAUGCAUUUUGAGACCAGAUCUAGGUUGCAUUUACCCCCCUAAAAGGUACUCCAAUUUAUCUAAUUUUCUUCUUCUAAGGUUUGAUUUUUCUUGUCAAUGGAUGCCAGGUUCAGGUUCAGGUUCAACAUGUAAGUGCACUACAGCCGAAUACAUUGGCUAUAGACAAAGAUCCUGCUCGGUCAGUUUCAUUGAGAGUUAGUAGAAGACCCGACCGCAGUAAUCACCAAUCCAAAGAUGGGGAGGACCAGUUCCUGGUGAGUGGAAAGCCGUAUCAAGAUUGCCAAAUGAAGAUAUUGUGGAAGAAUGGCCUUAUUCGGCUACUUCUCGUGGCUGUGAUUAUUUGGAUGUUUCUCAUCUGCACUGUGUUGUUAUUUCAUUUAUGGUCUUGCCAAUCAUCUGCAGCUUUCUUUUCAGCUCUUUGUAACAAAGACAGCAAGUUUUUUGGCAUGCUUAACACAAUGGGACUUGUGACACCACCACACCGUUGUCCGAUUCCCGUGGCAGAUGACCCAAAUAAUAUAGUUAUUCCGGAACAGAUAUCCACAGAGCGGUUUGUUCAGAGUCUCUCAUAUGUUGUGGAAAAUGUUACAGUGUAUAGUGGAUCCCGCUCACUUCCUCUAUUUGGAGGAAAUCAAACUUGGAAGCAAAGAGAUGAGAGUUUUAAAGUGAAGCCAAGCAUGAAAGUGCAUUGUGGUUUUAUGCCAAAUGGUGGUGCAGAAAUGGCUAUGAAAGAUGUUGAAUACGUGAAGAAGUGUCGCUUUGUGGUUGCUUCUGGCAUUUUUGACGGAUAUGAUACACCUCACCAACCGUCCAACAUAAGUGAACGAUCUCAACAACUUUUUUGCUUUCUUAUGACAGUGGAUGAAGUGUCCCUUGACUUCAUCAAGAAAAAUGCUACAGUCAGAAAGGAUAAUGAUGGUGGAUUGUGGGUGGGUAUUUGGCGUCUAGUUCUACUAAAAAACCCACCAUACGAUGAGCCUAGGAGGAAUGGAAAAGUUCCUAAGAUAUUGACCCAUCGGCUAUUCCCUCAAGCACAAUACAGCAUUUGGAUUGAUGGUAAAAUGGAGCUAAUUGUUGAUCCAUUGCUUAUACUUGAGAGAUACUUAUGGCGUGGCAAGCAUACCUUUGCCAUUGCUCAGCACAAACAUCAUCGGAGUAUAUAUGAGGAAGCUGAUUCAAACAAACGGAGAAAGCGUUAUGCUCGACCACUCAUUGAUCUUCAGAUUAGAAUAUAUCGUUAUGAAGGAAUGGAACCAUGGAGUCCAAAGAAAGGCAUUGUCAGUGAUGUACCUGAAGGGGCUAUUAUAAUACGAGAACACACUGCAUUGAACAACUUGUUUAGUUGCAUAUGGUUCAAUGAGGUUAACCUAUUCACACCAAGAGAUCAGUUGAGCUUCGGUUAUGUGGUCUUCAGACUGGGGGGCAUCUUCAAAGCGUUCAUGUUCCCCAACUGUGAGUACAACUCCAUCUUCAUUUUACACCCUCAUACCCGCGAGCAUUCAUCAAAAGUUGAGUGGGUGAAAUCAUUGGAUGAAUUUAAUAAGAAGGGAGGUCUGAAAGAGAGUAGGGGAGGGUUCGGUUUGUGGACCCCUUACCCCGGGAAUCUGAAAUCAGUUAUAUUACCGCCUGUAACCAGAAAAUCAAAAGCUGGAUGAUCUUAUAAUGAUUUCAUAUUGCCAUCUUGUCUUGUAAUUCUUGAAGUUCAUAACUUCAUUUUAGAUUUUUCUCUAAAGGGUUGUGGCUUCUCACUAACACUAUGUUUGGUUCAUGGAAUUUGGAAGGAAAAGAAAAGAAAAUGGUUUUCCAUUA